CGUCCACCUCGUCGAGUCGUCGUCCCCUCCGCGGCCAGCCAGGCAGGCAGCCAGGGCAGAGGCAGCCGCGCCCACGUGCGUCCUCUUGGACGGAGCAGCGGCCCGCCGCGGGACGUGUGGCUUGGGCACGGGUCCGGCGGAGGGUGGCGCGUCUCUGACUAGUAGUAGAAGUAGGCGAGCGACCGGCACCCUCCCAGCCGCCCUGCCUCCUCCCCUCCUUGGCUCCUUCCCGCGCACUAGUCUUCCACUACAACUCGUCUCGGCGCCGAGCGACCGAGCGAGAGAGAGAGCGUGGACUCCCGUGACCAUGCGGAUCAUGAGGCGGCUCAUGCUGGCGGCGGCGCUGCUGCUGCUGCUGCUACUCGUCGCGGGGCCGGCGGCGGCGCAGGACGCGGCGGUGGAGGGCGUGGCGCCGGCGGCGGAGGAGCUCGCCGCGAACGCGAGGGCCAAGGAGGCGGCGGUUCUGGCCGCGGAGCUGGUCCAGCUCCGGGCGAAGAUCUCCGCGUUAGAGUCACGCAUUGCAGACCAGACCCUGGAGUUGAAGACCAAGGACGAUGCAAUUGAAACACUGGAUAUGAUUGUCAAAGAGAAGUCGCAGCAGAUAACUACUAUGCAGAAUCAAGCAGCUUCCCUCCAGGCAAAGGGCUCUUCAGCUGCAGAGGAGCAAGCAAGCAAGGCCAAUGCACGGGCUAUUGAGCUCGAGAAGCUGAUUGAGAAGCUCAAGAAGGAUAUUACAGCACAAAAAAGCAAAAAGGCAGCUCUGGAGGCUAGGGCCAGCGAUGCAGAUAAGAAGGUGCAAGAGCUGAAUAUGAAGCUGGAGAAACUCCAGAGGACAGGCGAUGAUCAAAAGCGCAGGAUUCAGAAGACUGAACAUGCUCUUAAAGUUGCUGAGGAGGAACUGAUGAAGGUGCAGCUGGAAACAACAACAAAAGCAAAACAGCUGAGAGAGGUUCAUGGAGCUUGGUUGCCACCUUGGUUGGCGACACAUGCAGCUCACUCUAUGGAGGUGGUAUCAAAUCACUGGAACGAACAUGGGAAACCUGCCUUCGACAGCUUAUUGCAGAAGGCAUCAGAAAAAUCAGCCCAGGCAAAGAAAUGGGCUGAGCCCCAUGUGGAAACUGCUAAGACGAAAUGGAUGCCUGUUGCUAAAGAAAAAUGGGCUACCUUGAAGAAAAAUGCGGAGCCUUAUGUCCAAAUGGUCUCAGAGAAAUCAGUGGAGGUUUAUCAAACAUCAAGUGACUUUAUUAGGCCUCAUCUUUUAAAUGCACAUCAAGUUGCUGAUCCCUACUUCCAGGAAGCCAAGAAAUUAUCCAAACCCUAUAUCGAUCAAAUUGUUACAGCCACUAAACCACAUGUUGAGAAAAUUAGAACUACUCUGAAGCCUUAUACUAAAAGAGCACGCCAUGUAUAUGGACAAUUUCUUCAGACAGCUACUACAUAUCAUCAGCAGGCUCAGGCAACUAUCUCGGGUUACCUUCACCAACAUGAAUUUACAAAACAAUUUGUAACUGAUGAGUUGGUGUGGUAUCUGGUAGGCACCAGUUGACCAUCAGCUGCUGCUAUGUUGGUUAUGCCCAUUUUUGUUUUAUACACGCUCCUAGUUGACACAUUCUGUACAAAGAAGCAGAAGAAAACCCCACGGAGCAGUAAUACCAACCAUGGCCAUCGGAGGCAUAAGCGCCGGCAUGCUGACAAAUAGAUCGUAGAUACACACUUCAGGCUUGUCUGUGUGCCACAUUGUAAUGGAAGAAGAUCAUGAAGUUUGGCCAUGGUGAUCUGGGGUCAUCAUUGAACCUUGCUGUGUAUCCAAGAGCUACAAUACACAAAAGAACUGUAUUUCUGCCCCCAAUGUGUGGGCAGAGUUGUAGGUGCGGUUUGUAUUUCAUCAUCGAGUAGGGAUUGCGAGCUUAAAUGUAUGGGUGUUCAUUUCAUUGUUUAUUUGUAGCCUUGUGCAUGUGUUUGAGUUAGUGUGUCUACUCGUCCUUUAUUGUGUCUCACAGUUGUUGUUGGUCAAUUGUAGCUGUAACUCUUGGUGCAGCUAAAACUUGGUCGAUUCUAGCCAGUGUUCUCUGUAUAAUCGUCCAGCACAUUUGAUAGAUUUGCGUGAAGUUAUACGCAAGCCCCUAA